GCCAUUCUCAACAAAGAAAAACUAACUUAGCAUUUUGUUUAGUGAGAGAGAGAGACUGUGUGAGCAGGGGAGAAUGGGAAGAUCAACAGCCUCUUGUUUCAAGAUCAUUCGUUGUGGAUGUGAUCCUAUCGACAAGGACUACAUUGAUGAUUCUAAGGGUCCAAGAGAUAAACGAGGUUGGAGUUUCAGGAAGAGGUCUACUAGAGAUCGAGUAUUAAUUGAUACUGUGGCUUCAGAAACAGAAUCAUUUCUGCAUAAGGAAAUACCUGAAACAGUAAAUGUGGACUACAAGCCACAAUCCGACCUAACUGUUUCAGAUAAGUCCUCUUCCCUAACAUGGAUGGAAGAGAAACCCAACUUAUCAUCUUCCAUGAAACUGCAAGAAUCUGCUAUAGAGAACAAUAAGGCAGUGACGGCCAUUGUCAAUCUCGAUGAAUCUGCUGCAGUUUCAGUUCAAGCUGCUAUAAGAGCAUUUUUGGCUCAAAACCAGUUGUUGAAGCUCAGAAUUAAUGUAGUUAAGCUGCAAGCUACGAUACGUGGACAUUUGGUUAGAAGGCAUGCUUUGGGAACUUUGAGAUGUAUUCAAGCAAUUACUAAAAUUCAGGCUCUUGUUCGUUCACAUCAGGCUCCUCAUUCUGUAGCGAAGCAAAGUUUCGGUUCAAUGCCUAAGGAGGAGAAGGGGAAUAUGGAAAAUUUCAUUGAGAAGCUUCUUAGCAACAAGUUUGCUUGUCAGCUACUGGAGUCGACACCUAGGACAAAACAAAUUUAUAUUAAGUGUGAUUUGUCAAAAUCCGAUUCAGCUUCCAAAUGGUUUGACAGAUGGAUGUCUGUUUCGUCAAGAGGACUUGAACAGCUUCAGAAACAGGAAUCAAUUGAUAAUAAUAUCACCAUUGAAAGUGAAGAGGAGAAUUUGAUAACAUAUGAUGUUAACAAUUUCAACUUCCUUGAAUGCAAACCUCAAAGUCAAGUCCCAUUAAGUUUUGUCAAGUUCUCAGAUUCUAUUCAAAAUCAGAAUGAACAAAAAACAGAUUCAUCUUCACCACAACAGUCAGUUGAUUGUAAAAACUCAACUUCUUGCUUAAGGAAGAUGAUGAUCAACUCAUAUUCCCCAAUGAAUCAAUACAACGGCUCUGAAUGUGGGACAGAACUUUCAAUCAGUUCCACUCUUGAUUCACCCGAGGCUCCACCAACUGAUGUUCAACCCGAAAAACUCAGCAAUGUUAAUUCUACAAAUGCCAAGUUGAAAUCCGAAAUUGGUCAUUCAUCAGUAGAAGCAUCACCUUCAAGCCAAGUCUCAUCAAUAAGCAGUAAAAAAGAUAGACGUGAUAAAAAUAUGCUGUCUGUCCUGAAACAUAGAUCAUUAUCAUCAGGUUCAAAAGGUAGUUAUGAGCAGUUGAUCAAGAAUGGGAAGAGGAACAGUUCUUCUUCUGGCUUGGGAAAAACCGACACAUUUGAUGACCAGGAACCGAGAGAUAGCAGUAGUAGCAAUUCUAUUCCUAGCUACAUGCAAGCUACGGAAUCUGCAAGAGCUAAAGCACUUGCAAAUAGCUCGCCAAGAUCUAGUCCAGAUGUACAAGAUAAAGAUAUAGCAACUAUCAAGAAGAGAAAUGGACGGUAUGGAUCUCCUCAUGUCCAACGAUCUAUAUCUCAAGUGCAGCAGAGUUCAAAGGGGAAUGAGCAUCAUACAGAAAGAAAAUGGCAAAGGUGAGAAAAGUCAGAUAACAUGAAGGGGGUGCGAUUGAAGUGCAUGAAUUCGAGCCUAUCUUUGAGAAAUAACCAUUAAGAAUUUUGUUCUCUGUGUUUUUCCCAAGAACAGUUGUUAUAGUGUGAUUGAGAUAUUCUUGUGUACAUGAACUCAUCAUCAACAACUCCCUUUUUGGUCAUUUUUUUUGUCUCAGCCAUGGUGUGUAUGCUGUUCAUGUGCCAAUUGUGCAAUCAGACAGUACAAUGGUUAAUAAUAUAUGUUUUAUUCUUUGAGGUUUGUAAG